GGCAUUACAUUCAGCACCGACGCCGGUGACGCCCACUAGUACUCUAGAAGUACCAUUAAUAUCAGUUGAGGGUAACGCGGCAAACACUUUUUUUGGAGGAGGCCCUUUUUCUGUUAAUGGUGAACCAGGAUUUGCAGCCAAUUCAGACUCAAAGAUCGAACAACCAAGGAUGUUGGAACAAGUACGCUUGUCAGACCAUGUUCUCUCACGGAUUGAACGACUCGAGGAAGAAAAUGGUAACGAGCGAGUAACGAGCUCAUCUUCUGAUGAAGAGGAGGUAGGAGAACAAGAAGAUGAAGUAGAAGAACUACAGGAGCACGAGCAAGAAGACUACAUGAAGAUGAACAACAUACAGCAAGAAGACUACAUGUUGAAGAUGAACAACAUUUCUGGAAACAUCAACUCUGCGCGCGUCCUGGAGAAUCCUCCAUCUUCAAAUGGAACAGAAAUUCAGCCUUCAGCAUCUUUUGCUUUUACUCAUUCAACAUCUACUUCUGGUCUUCGUCAACAACGUGGAGAAGGUAGUCAACUUCUACAAGGGCUCCCUGACGUAGAACAAGGCACCACUAUCGAACCUGUGGAUGCAAAUCCGGCAGGAACUUUGGUAUUGAAGAUACCCUCACAUAACUCGACAAGCGCUUACUCAAGCAGAGCUGGCAGCAAAGUGUCAACAACCAGUGGUCACGAUGUCGCGGGCUCGGGAGGGUACUAGUAUAGUUGUCUAGAUAGAUUUAUGAGUAUAGGAAAUUCAUCUCCAAAGUCAUCUGGGCUAAGAAAAUAAGAAGGAAAAGGAACCCAGAUGAUUUGUGAGAUGAAUUCCCGAUACCUCUAAUAGAUGUGAUGUAUCUUCUGUGUGAGCAUGAAAAGCAGGAGGAUUUCCCUGACAUAUGAAGAUGCUUUGUUUUUUCUGUACAACGUCACUCAUUCCUCCUUUUUUCUCCGAGCAUCAACUAUCACUUUUCCUGUGGCCAUCACCAGGUCUUCAUCGCGUGUUGUUUUACAGUACACGCAGUCUCAACCGGUAGCCCGAGUAGCAGUUCCUCCUUUGAACCUGGUCCCUGCGCGAGUUAUUAGGACACAUGCAGCUCACGUGAUCGGAGUCGGGUCCAAAGACAGUCAAGAACUGAGACAAGAAGGAGAGCCACUUCGACAGGGAGGUCAAGAGGGAGGACCACAACAAAGUAGACAAAGUAGUCAUCAAACAAGCACCUAUGGACGAGUGUUAUCCGCAGAAGAGGCCGCGGAAAUAUUGAGACAAAAUCAAGAGAACUAUCAGAUAUAUCAGCAGACGCAACAAGGCCAGAUACAGAUUGCUGCACAGCAGACACAGUCACGCCCACAGAGUGAGCUUACUGCUGCAACUACAACUGCUAGUACUGCAAUUCCAAUUUCCUCUAGUGGUAGUGCAGAGCUCUCAAGAAGUACCAAAGGCGGUUCGAUUCGUGAUCGUGCCCCUUCUCACUCCACCACGUCUGCAUACGAACAGAUAAUGAAGAACAACCAGGGAAGAUCUUUUCGUGGUCCGAUUCCCAAUAUUAUUCCUCCAACAGCUUCAGGAGCUCAUCUCCUUGCAAGCAGCACAGGAGCGCAACAACCUUCACCUUCUUCAAUCGCCACUUCUACAACAGGAGCUCCGAAUAUUAUACCAAGGCAACUACCACCUCCUCAGCAUGAUGUGUUUUCAAUGACAGCAGAAAAUGCGGACAUCUACUCGAAGGUAAGUGAAAGCAUGAUGAGUGUCAACAACUUAGGAGGUCCCAAAGUUUCCUCUCUCUCAACACGGAUGUUUGCUACGAAUCCUGGCUUCAACAUGUCGACCAGCAGUGGGUUUUCAUCAAUUAUGAGUUCUGCAACUCCUGCAUUGCUGGGUGGAACAACAGCAGGAAUACCCAGAGUCAGCUACAACGGUGGAGAAGAACUUGGCUUGCGGAAAAUUGUGGAGGUGGAGGAUCCGGAAACCGGUGAGAUUUUGAAGACCAUGGUAGUGACGGGAGCAGACGCGGUGACUAGGGUGUACUGUCAGAGGGAAUAAAACGAAAAUGUACUUAGAUCAGAAUAGAAGGUUGAAGACUUCGUCCUACAACUUCUUAGACGAUGUUGUAUGCUGCCAGUUGUUAUUUUUGUUCAUCGAUCAAUUUCUAUUUCAAUCAUGAAGAAUAUGAUGUUGUCCAAUAUUCACAAUUUCAGAAUUAUGCUCCAGCAAAUGCAACCAUACUACAACAUAUCCGGUAGCAUAUAUUGCUUUCGCUAGCUAAAUGAGUAACAACUUUAACAUACAUCAUGGUAGUAUCAGAAAUAGAAGAAUCGUCUCUGAAGUAGACAACCUCGGCAUCUGCAUAGUACUAGAUUCAUAUUCAUCACUGAGAGAUAUUAAACGUACCACUUGUUAUUUAUUCUUCAUUUAUGUUCUGUGUGCUUCUCCCUCUGCGUCUGUCUGUAAGGGUGAACUGCAAACAUUCUCGAGAAGUAGUAGAUAAGUCUGUAAUUGAUUUUGUUUUUGAAGCAGGUGGAGGUCACCUCUGUGAUCUUCAUCUUCGUCCAUGAUUUCACAUCUAACAUUUCUAAGAAAAAUGUAAAACAGAUAAAGAAAGAACUUCCCCCUAUUGAAACAAAGAAGAUAGAAAUUACACGAACAAAUUUUGAGAGAAUGCAAG